UUUGUUUUCACAGGAGACACCCUCCUGGCAAUUCGAGCCCAAUCAGGCACACGUUUGGAGGUUCCCAUCCCUGAGGGCCUAAAUGGGCAGAAGAAAUACCAGAUCCAUCUGAAGAGCACAAGUGGUCCCAUUGAUGUUCUCUUAGUCAACAAAGAUGCUUGGAGCUCUCCUCCUGUUGUACUACCCGUCCCUCCCCCUGAAGACCUCAUUCAGUGCCAGGCAGUUGCACCCUCAAAACCACAGAUACCACCACUCACCCACUUCCAGGAGGCGUCUGUUCCCAGCAGCACCCAGCCCUCAACACCAACACCCACCAGCACUCAGGACCACAGCCCUCCUGCGCAGAAAGCCCCAAGCACAGAAGACGGUGUCUCGGUGGCAGAGUCCAGGAGCAGCGGUGACUUUGAUCCCCUGAGCAGCGCGGCCGCCCAGCCGGCCGGGUUAGACACGCAGCCGCUACAGUCCUCUGCCUCGCUGGACAGCAGCUCCCUCCUGCCCAGCUCCUCUACCUCCUUCGAGCCCAUCAAGCCCGAUCCCACGGGAAUACUGGAACUUCCCAAAGAGCUGUCAGAGAUGUUUGAUCCAACCAGAGAAUGUAUGAACUCUGAGCUGCUGGAAGAGCUGAUGUCAUCUGAAGUGUUUGCGCCCUUGCUCCGCCUCUCCCCUCCACCUGGUGACCACGACUACAUCUACAACCUGGAUGAGAGUGAAGGUGUCUGCGACCUCUUUGACGUGCCUGUCCUCAACCUCUGA